AAGCAGCGUAAUUGCUUGUUUAAACGUUGAAAUCGGCAAACGUUCAAAGGUCGGGCGAAGCCCACCACUUUGGAGGCGCGGCUGUGCCCCCACAUGGCACGUAGGCUGCCUCCAGAUUUCGCUCUAGCCGCCCCCAAACCAGCAGAUUUCCGCCUUGUCGACAUCUUGUGACCCAAACCGUGCUUUGCUGCAUGAGGCAGUCUGCCCAACCACCGACCAAGCUUUGCAUCAAGUUGCCACCCAGGCAGAUGACUCACUGAUGAAUUCGUCUCUCUCCCGCGCUGUCUCCGGGGCGGCUCGGCCCUGCUUCCGCUGCCGCUACGCAAGCUCUUCGUCACGGGCCGCCAAACCACCCAAGGCUAAGCCUCAACCGCCCAGAUCCAGCCCAUCAAAGACAUACAGACCAUCCUCACAAGCGAAAGCUCGCACCGCCGGCCCGACCCCCGAACCCGACCCUCAGACUCUCCUGACCCAUUGGCGCCGUGGCUGGCUGCCGUUGACGGGAGCUGCUCUUGUUGCUGGCUUCCUAGGCUUUUAUAUCAUCGGUACUGUCACCGCGUCCUUUCGAAAAUGCCCGCGCUCCUCGACAUGCGACGGUGAACACACGACGCCGACCGGGCGGCCUCCUGCCCUUAGCGGCGACAAUGCAGAACAGUUUGACAAGGAGCUAAAUCUGCCCGAAUGGUGGAUGGGCGUCACUAAGCUACGAAAGAAGCUUGCAGAACAAUCGCACGGAGAUGUGUUGGAGCUGGCUAUGGGUGGUGGGCGAAAUCUGGAAUACUACGACUGGGCGCCACUGACGCGGUAUGUCGAGCAAGUCAAGAGCGGGCAGCAAGGGAACCAGCCUGCUACCAAAUCGCUUCGUGGCAUUACCUCGUUUACAGGUCUCGAUAUAUCCGUCGAUAUGUUAGACGUUGCUCGGCGCAAGCUUGUCCGCACCGUCCCGCCCAUGGCAUCGUCGGCGCCAGUUGUCAAGGCAUCGUCCAUGGCCGACAACACUGGCAGCCAACUAUCGUUUCUGGACAAUAGACUGCGUCUUAUUCAGUCGGACGCACACCACGAGCUACCUCCUCCAGCCAAGACCACCAACACAAAAGGUGGUCAGUCCAAAUACGACACCAUUGUCCAGACCUUUGGCCUGUGCUCCGUCUCGGAUCCUGUGGCGGUGGUUCAGAACUUGGCAACCGCUAUAACACCCGACACGGGCAAGAUUAUUCUUUUGGAGCACGGUAAAGGCUGGUAUGGCGUUGUGAACGGCUUGCUCGACAAGAACGCCAGCCAGCAUUUCGACAAGUACGGGUGCUGGUGGAACAGAGACAUUCAAGCUAUCGUCGACGAGGCGGUAGCUAAGACUCCCGGCUUAGAAGUGGUGACUAUCAAGCGGCCAAACGUUCUUCAAAUGGGAACCUUGGUUUGGGUUGAGCUUAAGAUGCGUAGCACCAAAAGUCUAUCAGCGCAGCCAUAAAGAUUGCUGUACAUCACAUUGUAAUAGUAAGGCAUCAGUAUUUGUUGCUUAAUGAACCUGUAUUUUUAAAUUGCAUCAAAAGCAAUGAGUGGCAUAUAAUAUUUUGUGUAUAUCCGCUUGUCCAAUGUAUCAGUCCUGUAAACGCCGUGUAGAUCAAAAGCAAAGUCCAGUUUUCCCUCGCCUCAAAGCCGUCAGUAAAGUCAAAAACAAAAAAUCAACAACUAAAGUUGGGAAUCGCAUAAAAACAAAAAGGCCGGCCGUAUUUCGCAUCCUCUCGUACAAUCUGAAAAAUCCAAUCUUGGUGAAGCCACCCCGUAUGUACACUGUACUCCUACAAAUUAUCGACGUCGAAAGAAGUUGGCGCAUGUUCCACAUGCGUCCUUUUAAAAGGGUAUAAAUCGUUGGUUACUCCCAAGACUCUGCUUGUGGAUUGGAAACGUGAAUUAUUUUUGGGGGCUCCCUAGCACACCCUUAGUACGAGUCGAGAAGGUACUCUAGCUCGUCGAUCUCGAUGCUCUCGGCACCACGAUCCCAUUCAAUGACCUUGCUGAACUUGAGCCAGCUAUCGGUCUCGUCUUCCUUACGCGACAGAGGGCCAGACAUGGGCUUGAUGGCAGGGCUGGAAAAGACGAGCGCAGAAGCCGAGGUACGGUUGUCGUUGAACCAGAGGUCAUCGCGGAAGCCAUACUCGACGGCCGGAAUGCGCUCUUGGGUCUCGACAGGUGGCAUGUCCUGGCUAAGUUUGCGCUUCAGGAGAACGGUGGCGGUUUGCGUAAACUCUUUUUCGUCCCCCUCCAGAGGUGGCGAGGCGCGGCGCAGAUUGCGAACAGCGGGUGCGCGCUUGCUGGCCAUGGAUCCAAUGGGGCUUCCGGGCACAACCAUGUCGUCCUCAUCACCCUCUUCGAAUUCCGUAGGCGACAAAUCCACUUCGGGGGAAGGGCUAAGCUCACGUCGGCGGCCUUCGACCUCAUCCGAGACGGAGUCAUCCGUCAAGGACACGGAAGGUGUGACAAGAGCGGGAGAGGGAGGCUGAGCGGCGUUGAAGUCGGGAAGAGGCUGGCGGGGAUGUGUGGUAAGGAAGAAGUAUGUGCGUCGAGGGUGGACUGUUUCCAGCUCCUUUGCCAAAGGGCAGAGCUCCUUGGCGGACCAGGUCGGGCGCUUGAGAAACGAAGCAAGGCGCGAAGAGAUGAUGGCGCAAGGGUUGGCGGAUCUAUUUAAUUUUGGUUAGCUGAGGUUUGGGUAGCAAAGCGCUAGUGCUAGACGUACUGUUGAACUGACGUCAAGGACUGGCCGAGAACGGUGGCGAGUUCCUUGACAAGGUGAGGUCUGUUGGCUGUAGCCUGGAGCUGAACAAUGACGGCUUCGACAAUGUCGUCGUUGACACUGUCCAAGUCAAUGGGUGUAGGCUCAGCCGCAUCGGCCAUCUCGACGCUGGGGAUUGCCUUGGGCGAAGGUGGCGGUGUCUGCUCAAGAGCUUCCUCGGGGACAGCUCCGGGGUGGGAGCGCUUUAGGCGCUUGCUCGGGUGAGCGUCGAGAGAGUCGGAGGCAUUCGAGGACAUGGAAGAUCUCGACUUUGCCGCAGCAGUUCGUUCGGCUUGUGUGAUGGGGACAUGAAUGCCCAGGCUGGGGAGGGAGAGCGACUUGCGGCGCGUGUUGUAAGGCAUUGUGAAGGGUGGCGCUGGUGCGGUUGGAGCGCUGGAGAGGAGAAUAGGCGAAGAGUAAAUCAAGAAUGUGCUGUCGAGGGGAGUUGCGCUCGAAUUAUCACCAGUCCAAGGCGGGGGACUCGCGUGCGCAAUCAAUUGUAUCUCUUAAACAAAUUGGGGAAUCGGGGGAGCUUUGCAGGGUCUACCACAAUACGAGCUGUGUAAGAAUCAGAGGUUACGAGAAACCAAGUCUACUACAAAGCAACACGAUGUGGAAUAACAAGUUCAAUACAAAGCAGACCAAAAGGUUUACAAGAGAUG